ACAUGUAUAAUUAAACUACUGUGUUUCCAAUAAACAAAAUAAGGAAAGUGAUUUCUUCUUUCCUUCCUCUUAUUAUCACUUUAUGUAUAUAUACAUGAAUAUAUCUCCAUUUAUAUAGCAGAAGAUAGCUCCAAAAAUCUCAGAGCUAGCCAAGCAUGAGUAACAAUGCUAAUCUACCCUCUCAUAGGCCAAUACAAAGAACUUUGUCUUGUAAAUCGGCUGAUUCACCUAAGAUCUUAAAAGAUGUACGUAAGAAUAACUCCAAGACUUCAAUUGAAGCCAUUGCCGAACUUUUGUAUUCAGAAAAGUCAAAGUCAACAAAUUGGAAUGAUAUGUUAAUAAAUUGCUUCUUGACUUACUUAAGUGGAUCUGGGAAGGAACGGUUUCUUCAAUAUGCUCAUUCUGUUUCUCAAAUCAUUGACGAUAAAAUGCCAAAUGAUAAGAAUCCACAGAGUUUGAUGCAAAUAUUGAUGAUGGGAAUCUAUACUUGUUUGAAGAGUUUGAUUAUGAAAAAUCCUAUUACAUCAACUCUAUGGAAUGUCUUUGAACGAGUCAUAUCUUCUCUUUUGAAUGCCCUAAUCAAGGGCUCCAACAUUGAUAUUGAUGAACCCAAUAUCAAUGUUGAUGAUGAUGAUCACAAGGAACAACCCAAUAAUAUCAAUAUUAAUGAUGAUCCUUAUGAGGAUCAUAAGGUACAAAUCAAUGAUCCAAAAGAUCACAACAACAUUAUUUCGAAGCCACCUGUCUCUAUGGUCAAUCACCCAUGUCAGCCUCUUCAUCAUAAAAUUGAGAUUUCUAUUAUCAAUAAUAAUAAUAAUAACAAUAACCCAAACACUCCAAAGGAUCAUAACACACCUGAAUCAUCAUCAAAGACAGAGAAGAGAAAUAUUUCUAAUGGUAAAGAGGUAAGAAGAAAACGAAAGUGUUCUAAAUGUGGAUGUUAUGGACACAACAAAACUACAUGCAAAAAAUAAUUAUUCUUUACUAGGUUUGAUAUGUAAUGUUCUUAUGAUUUUGUGCAAUUUCAAACAUGAUUUACAACUUUUGAAUUUUAUGUUCUAAGUAUGAUUUUGUACAUAGUGAAAAUUUUCAAACUUGUAGAAACCUCAAAUUAGUUGUUGAUAUUCAUAGAAAUUGUUGGGAUUAAACUCACUUAACCUCUCAAGUCAGUAUGUCCAUCUAUUAGCUCAUUAGAUGAAUUUUAAGAAAGCUGCUGCAAUUUAUAACAGUUGGCUUUAAUACCAACUUGAAGGGGAUCUACCAGCAACUAUAUAUAGGGGUUCCUCUAUUCUCAAAAUGAGAGUUCUAAGUUCUAAUCUCCAAUGCUCAUACUUUAUAUUCAGUAGAGAGAGAGAGAGAGAGAGAGAGAGAGAGAGAGAGAGAGAGAGAGAGAGAGAGAGAGAGAGAGAGAGAGAGAGAGAGAGAGAGAGAGAGAGUCCAAGAUCAUAGUGAGUGUGUGUGGAGGGAUGUAAAAAGGGAGUAUCGCUCUUGAAGUGAUUUCCCUCAAUGUGAGGCAUUUCUUUGUAAUUAUUUACUGUGUUGAGUUGUAAUCUUGGGCUCAUUCUAUUGUGUACUACUGGCUAUUCCUAUUCAAUAAAGAUCAUCAUUCAUUCAUUAUCAA